GUUUGUUCGCUGGUGAUUACACCAUGUUAAAUUCCAUUUACAACUCUGUUCAUGUCUACAUGCAGCAGUAAAUGCUAGGCGCUGACUCUCUCUAAUAAAAGAGUCUAUCCACCUAUCCUUGGCAACUCCCUUGAAUACAAGUCCCACAUUAUCGACAUUCUGGAGGUCACCAUUGACUAGAAACGCAGCUCCACUAGCUACACAAGUGUAUUUUGGUCAUGAGGGCAGGUCGGAGACUGGCUGUCCUGUGACAAAUGAUUAAUUUCCUGACACAUCAGACAUAUGGGAACACUUCCUCCUCAUGCCCGACCCAGCCUGUACCUCCCGAGUCACCAUCCUGCCUUGGAAAUGUUUCUGUGGUCCUUCAUCAUCAUCACUGGGUCUAAACCCAGCAGCUCCCUUCCCAACAUCACUCUGGGGGUGCUUUCACCAGAACUACUAAAGCAAGUUGCCACUACUGCCAACGAAGGAAAGCCCAUUAAAUACCUUGUUCCCAAAGUUUGAAUUUACAGACAAUCCGAAGCCCCUAGCAGGAAUGUCUGCUUGCCCGGUUAAUUAUUGUCUAAAACCAGGUUAUCUGGAAAUUUAUCGUUUUAAUUUUGGGCUGUCUGCGAACUGGCUGCUAUGCUUGUUACACUGCAGAGGCACCUACUUCAGGAAUACCACUUUACAUGCAACACGUAUUCAGAGUGCAAAGUGCAGGUUUAGUUCAUUCGGUUGCACCUAUCCACCAGACCCACUGCCAGUGGAAAUAAACCUACAUCAAAGCUGCAUCAGUGAUGCUGAUCUGCAGCCUGUUGGGAAAGUACAACAUAGCCACCCCAAAGGCAGCACCUGCCCAGGAGUCUCCCUCAUGGACUGAAAGGCAUUCUUCAAACCUGAUGGAAUGAGUACGGUUGACAGUUCUCCACUCUCAGGGCAGAACCGGCCAAACUUGCUAAUAAAGAAGUGGGAGCUGAUAUAACCUGCACAGUUUAAAAGGUCAGUGCAGAUGGUUACUGUGACAGUGAUUAGGGUCCAGGAUAAUCCACAGUGUACUUCUGCCAGCGCCCCAGAAUUGACCUGAAGGACAUUGAUCUCCAAUUGUUAAUUCAGAUGGAAAAUCAAUGGGCCAUUAAAAAUAACUGUGGUGAAUUACCCUGUAGAACAUUGCUGCUUAACGGCAAAGUUCUGGCAGUGAGUUGUGACCAUUUGACUUAACCAUUCAUUUUCGCUUUCCGGUUUGUUGAGGGCAGCUGGUUACAAACGCAAGGAUGGGAGAGGAUGCAGAGCAUUUGAAGAAUCGAAUUUGCUACCACGUGGAGAGGUUGAAGCUAAUAGCACAGAUAAACACAUGAGGGAGGAAGGAACUAGAGCUGAGUUGGAGUUUGUGCAGAUAAUCGUGAUAGUGGUGGUGAUGAUAGUGAUGGUCGUGGUAAUCACCUGCCUCCUCAACCACUACAAACUCUCCACGCGAUCCGUAAUAAACCGACAGAGCCAAAUGCGAAGGCAAGAAGGCACCCUGCAGUCGCAGCAGAUCUACACGCCCAGGUCGACGGACAGGCUGACAGUGCCAUCGUUCUUGCACCGUGAUCGGUUCAGCCGCUUCCAGCCCACCUACCCCUACCUGCAGCACGAGAUCGACCUCCCCCCCACCAUCUCGCUGUCCGAUGGCGAAGAGCCCCCUCCCUACCAGGGUCCGUGCACCCUCCAGCUCCGUGACCCCGAGCAGCAGAUGGAACUGAACCGGGAGUCAGUGCGGGCUCCCCCGAACAGGACUAUUUUCGACAGUGACCUGAUAGACACAUCCAUUUAUAACGCGGGACCCUGCCCGCCGAGCAGUAACUCGGGCAUCAGUGCCACCAGCUACAGUAGCAACGGCCGCAUGGAGGGGCCUCCGCCCACUUACAAUGAGGUCAUCGGCCACUACCCAGGGUCAACGUUUUUCCAGCACCAGCAGGGCCACGGUGUCCAUUCUGUGGUGGGCAGCAGCAGGUCACAGCAACCUCAGAACAAUGGCCUUGAAGGGACAGUGCUCCGGAACAACAAAGAUAAAAAGACGGGACAUCCCUUCUGAGACCAACUUUGUGCACUUCGACGUAAGCCAGAGAGCGUUGGGUGAACAGGAAGAUGAGCCCGGCUGUGCUCACUCUAACCCACUCCCUGCCCCCUGCCCCUACCUCCCACCCCUUCAUCACCAACACCACCACCCACCCUCCCCCAAACACUCCUCCGCUGUAUAAAAUACUUAGUUACAUUACAUCUGAAUUGAAAACUUGAGCAUAAAGAUUCAGAUGGUUCUAUGAGCUACAUUAGAUAAGGGAGUUCAAAUACCCUGUUUAAACUAAGGUCUCGUAACACAAUGUGCGUAAAAUGCUGUCUUUAAUUACCUUAACUUUAAAGAAACAUUUGCACAAAAUUUUAUGUUUGGAAAAAACUUGCAAUAUGUCUAAUGAGAGAUUUGCAUGUGGAAGCAGGCGUAUUUUUGUAACUGAAAUGGCCUAUAUGUUUAGUUCCCAGAUGAGAGAGAUGGCAGUUUUUUUGAGUGUCUCUAACAUUCUGUAUUUAAAAAAAAAAGACAGGGGUUUAGAGUUAUUUAUGAACACUUUUAAAACAUUGCACUAUUUUGUAAUAUGAGUAACAAGCAGAUGCUUGUAAUAGCAAUGGCCUCCAGUGUCUGCCACAGACACACAAGCGAGCAAAUACGGUCUUCAUUAUAGAAAUGCUGAGCUGCGCGCAGCUGUAGGUAAAAUCCUACAGGCCCUGGCUCCAUUGGGAAGAGAAAUUGCAUUUAUACUAGAACUUAGAGCAAAGCUAAAGCAUUACAUGACAUUCAAAAUAAAAUUCUGCUACAAAGCUAGAUAAUGGGAUUUGCAAGGAAGCUUCUCUUGUGGCUCUGAAGUGACAGACCUAAUACUGUGAAUCCAGUGUGCAGUACAGCUUAAACAAAAAACUGUCAGGCUACAAGAUGGUUGGGAAGAUAACCAAAGACACUGAGUCCUUUUUAUGCCCUAGUGUUGGGAGGGGGAAUAAAGCACCAUUGUGACAGUUCUAUUAUCUAUUAGCAGGUGCAUACUUGUACAGAACCAUUUUGUGAGACCAUUCCCUCUGUUAUGGAGACUAGGCUAAUCUUCACUGCCUGAGAGAUGAGGGUGGAGACAGGAGCCCGCCAAAAAUUAGGAACCAGUCUGCGCGUUUUGGCACUCUGACACAGUCAGAGCUAGGUGCAGUUUAUUUCUUACCCCCCCCUCCCCCCACACACAUCCCCAUACCAAGUCUAUGGUUGAAAUAUAGUCUGUAUACAGUGGCUCCACAUUGCAGAGUGAUCCCGAUGUAGUCACCUCAGUUAGCUUUGAGCUCAAAAUUCUCCAUUUAAGGACUUGGGAAAGUGGGAGAAUCAAAAUAGGGAUAAUUGAUUGGGAAAAGGAAGGCAAGAGUGAGAUUUUUUAAAAUUGAAAAUCUUUUGCAAUUUGAUCACCACAAAUAGCUACAAUUUUUUUGAAUUAUGACGGUAGAGAGUCUGACUACUUCCCUCUCUGUGUGAAAUCUCCCACAAUGAUAGAGAAGUUGCUCAGUUGGUUGUGGAGAGGGGAGGAGAUCGCAAUUUGACCCAGAACAAUUAUUCAGAGUGACAUGUUAUGCAGGAGAUUGAGAAUUCUCAUUGGUCAAAAGUCCUGAUAGCUUUCCAUUGCAUUUGGGCAUUUUUUUAAUUGAGUUGCUUUUGAAAUGUUCUUGCCUCUGUCAAGGUAUCUGGUAGGAAGGUUUGAAGAUUUCAGUUGUAACCUGGUGUCUAUAGUAUAAGCUUUCCCUGGUUCUCAGAAUUAGCAGUUUCAGAGACAAAAGCUUCCCCCAAGCCCAACCUUCAAAAUGAGCUCACGCCUCAGAACAGCAUCCAGUUGCAAUUUGUUGCAUUAUUGGCGAAAUAAAGUUGAAAAUGGUGAGUGAAUGUGGUACGAAUCCAUCUUUUCAGUUUAUGGUGGUGCCUAUUACUUCACUCCUUGUGUAUGAUACGUCCUUUGAAGAAUUCUGUAUAGCAAUGGGCUACAAAAAAAGGAAGUUGCUACCUGGUAACUGGAAAUAGAAUUUGGAUGCAUGAGACACCAUUUGCAAAUGGCGUAAAUCACUUUGGAUUUUAGUGUGAUGUCUCGUCCACACCAUUAUUUCCAGUACCCUGGUCUUUUAUGAAUAUAUUUGAAUUGUUCACUUUAAAUCUAUUUUAAUAUCUGCUGCCCCACAUGAUGGGUAACAUGAUCCUGUAACAUUUACUGGCCCAGGUUGAUCUCUUAAAUUGUCCUCACAAAAUUUCAGACCCAUUUUUCAUUGCCAGUACCUUGUUGUAGUGUGAUGCACCGAAACUGGUAUAUGACUGCUGGAAGGAGGGUGCAGAGUUAGUGUGUCUACCCACACUCCUGAAGGUCAGAUACUGUAGCUUGAUUAUUUCCCCAAACACAGAAACAGUUGGUAUCUUUUUAUCCGAACAGCUGGAUCAGAUAGGUGAUCACAUCUCAUCCAGUGUUACUCUUAAACCUCAGUUUCCCAACGCAUGGGCUUGAUUAAAAUAAUCCUGGAGCUGGCGCUACCUCCAGUCAGUGACGCCCUUCACCAAUCCAUUCUCCAAAGGAACAAUCUUACUGGCUAGUGCUUUUCCCCUUUGUUCCUUUUUCAUCCCUUUCUGCUCUCCCGCUGGUGGUUUCCAGCCACGAUUUUCCUUUUAAUCUUUCAGAAAUCCUUCCAUAUGUGUGUUUAUGAAUCGCUGUUGGUGUUCGUCUCUCUGGUGUGGGGAGUGGAAUGCUUGCUCAUGCUGAGAUACAGGAACACCCCCCCCACCCCACUUCCCGAACUGGGGGUUGCAUUGUCUGAAAUUACUGCACUACCCUUUCACCAUCCUGUAUUUAUGAUUUGUGCAUAGUUAUUCAAGUUUUUUUUUUAAUUGCCUGUUUGAGGCAGUUUUUGUUUUGAUGUUGGGCCUAUUGAGAGUUCUACAGGCUGGGAGAGGAACUGUGUGCAAUCUGGAAGGGGAGAAGAGACAUGAGCUUAUUUUUAAGAUUUCAGCUUUGUUAAACCCCUCCCAGGCUCUGUAAAUGUGCCUCGUUUAAAUUGCUGCUUUGACCAAUUCUGGCCCUUCCUUUUCUCUGUCUCUGGUGCUGUGUAUAACUUGAAUAUAUUAUGCAAAUAUCCUAUGCACAUAUUAUGGAUAUUGUAUGAAUAGCAUGUAGUUUAAACAAUAGUGUUAACCAAAAUGAACAGAAUCUGUGACACCAAGCCUGCAGCGCCGUUGCAUACUGUUACAGUCUGAAUCUGUCUGGGCUAGUCGAGAUGGAUUAAAGAGGAACCAUUAAAGGCGUAGUUAUUUUGCCAGGUUUAUUUUCAAUUAUCAUUCUCACAAUAAACGGCAACCAACGAUAAGAGCCUCCAGCCCCUUUCGUUCUUAAUUCUGAUAUACUGAAUUUGGAUUUUUUUUUUAAACUCUUUGGGGCUGUACACGGUGUGUGUAGGUCCUGAAUAAUUCCGAUUGAUGGUUCUAUGGUUGUGGGGUGGACUGAUUGGGGCCGAAGUAGUACAAGGAUCUGGACCAACAGCCAGUCUACCGCCAGGGGAAUUCAGCGGGCCGAGCGGGAGGUUAGGCAUUUCCGAUUACCCUCUUCCCGCGGCGGGCACUGUCAGCCCAGCGGUUCCUCCCAGUCACGGUGUAGCUUUUCAUCAACUCUCAUUAGUACCAUUUCAUUAAAUUCCAACCAUAUCUACUGAAUGUAAUACUGGUGCGAUGGAUAGAGGGAGGGGCGAGAGUGGGUGCUGCUCCAACACUCUGAUUUACUGACCCCCCCCAUUCCUUCCUCCAGAAAGUAGAGCUGGCCGCGGGGCGGAGUUAAAUUAAAGAAACACGUUUGCACUAAACCUGAUCCAAGCCGCUCACUGCUACAAAGGUGUGGUGGUUUACGUUCCCUGCCCUGUGAUUUGCAGAGCAGCACGGAGGUCCUGUGAGGAGACGGCGGUCUGAGGAAUCCCUGCAUACUCUGCCUUCGCUCAUUUCAGCCCCGACCGUAGAAAUAAACGUACUUUAAAAACCGAAAGGCUGGAGUUCACCGCAACAGCCCCAGGUACCUCCCAACAUCUCCCAUUCUCUUUCGCCGGCCUCCGGCGUGGGAAAGGGCUCUGGAGACACUGAGCAUCGUUGUCCCUCGUUACAGUCGUUGGCACCGUUCUCUCUCUGGAGCCCAGAGCAAGCGGCACUGAGAAGUGAUCACCUAUCUGACUGCAGGAAAAUUCCCCCACAAAAGGAUCCGGCCAUUUGGAGAAAUAACUGAUUUACAUGAGCUUGAACCUUCUCCCGACUGUGACCCAGAGUGGAAACUCCCACUGUAGUCCGGGAAAGAGUUCACUUAAGUUAACUCAACGUGAGUGUCUGACACAUACACUCUUCACCGUUCUACUCUUCAGUGACGAAACCAUUAUAGUUGGGGGGAAGAAGCCUUAAGUUUAGGCAAGGCUUUAAUUUUUUUUUAAGUAUUUUUAAGAUCGAGCUUUUUUUCAACAGUCUGCUUACAGUUACUGGUUAAAGUUUGUGUAAAAUAAAUACUGCACUUUUUAAGGUGAGGAAAGGAUAGUUUGUGUAGUGAGUACUGGUCUUUCCAAAGAAGAUCUUUUUAAAGAGCAUGUGACCAAUGUGUUUCUUCACCCCCCCCCCCAAGAACCAGGCUGGCACUGACUAGAUGGGCCGAAGUGUCUCUAUGUAGUCGUCUAUGAUUGAUAAAUGCCCAUUGCUAGUAGGUUACUCGUAUGUCUCCACCAUUGACACAAAGACAUAGACACCGGUGUUGGUUCAGUGAGCCGAGCCGAGCCUCCAGCGUGGGCUUUCGGUGGGAGCAGUAAUGACAGGGGUGAGGUACCCGAGCUGCGUCCCUGAAAAACCGGGUUCCAGACACAGUGCGGUGCUUUAGACACACACCAAACCCCCCCACCGUCCCCGGGACCGCUUACUUUUGUGGUUUAAUAUAUUUGUAAAAUGGUUCAAGUGACAAUAUUAAUCAGUUAUUUUUGUUUUUUUUUGUUUUCAGACGAUUGUGGUCGACUUUAUAGCGACCACAUUUAAAACUACAAAAACACUUUAAAUAAAGAUGAAAAGUUAACGAA